AGCAUAGUUAGCUGGCCACUCGUUUUUAUAUUAUUAUUAUUUUUCUGUGUUUCCAUUUCACCACUUUCUCCCUCCGAUUUCUCCAGAACAGCAAGGGAGAAUCAAUUCCUCAUCGCUGCAAUUCUUCUUUCACUCUCUAGUUUCUCUUCUUUCUUUCUUCCAACCUCUUCUCUUCUAUACCCUUCAGAAAAUAAAUUAAAAAACGUAGCUUCAGAUUAUUCUAGCUCUUCAUUUUUCCAUGUUCAAUAUUAUGCUGUAAAUUUCUCAAACUCACUGUUUCAGCCACAUUUUGGUCUAAAGAUCCGUGCUUUGACCCUUGGCAGGUUCAGCUUUUGAAGGGGUUGGAGUUUUUCUUCCUCAUAAGCCAUUGAUUAGUCCAUGUUUUUCUUUUUCUCUCUCUAAAGUUCAAAGUUUUUGUUGUUUUCCCCCCGUGUCUUUCUCUCUCUUGUGGUGGACUUGUGGAAUGCUGGGGUCAGAGGUUUCUGAGACAUGUUCUAGCAGACUUUUGGUGAAUUGGGUCACUGUGGUUUCUGUCAUGGGUGGUAGAGAAUCUGAGUCCUCAGAGAUCUAAGCCUCUCUGUCUGGUGUUUUGUUCAUCACAGACCCUUUUGCUGUGGCAUAGUUGUGAAAGUGAAAAAGUGAGAGAAGAUGAUGAAGAUGAAGAAUAUUAGUAGUAGCAAUAAUAAUAAUAGGACAAAUGGUCUUUCUUCCAUCAUGAAUGGAGGAGGCUCAGGUGGUUGUAGAUCUGAGCCUGGUUCCAAGGAAUGGGAGAUGAGGCCAGGUGGAAUGCUGGUUCAGAUGAGAACUGCUGACUCUGAUCGGAACCCAGCACUUGUGCCCACAAUUAGAGUUAGGGUCAAGUAUGGUUCAAUUUACCAUGAAGUCAACAUUAGUUCACAAGCUACAUUUGGGGAGUUGAAGAAAAUGCUGUCUGGGCCAACUGGGUUACACCAUGAAGAUCAAAAGCUGUUAUACAAAGACAAGGAGAGGGAUUCAAAGGCUUUUCUUGACAUGGUUGGGGUGAAGGACAAAUCCAAGAUAGUGCUAAUGGAAGACCCUAUUAGUCAAGAGAAGAGGUUGUUAGAGAGAAGAAAGAAUGCUAAGAUGGAGAAAGCUGCAAAGUCGAUCUCAGAAAUCAGCUUGGAAAUAGAUAGACUUGCAGGGAGGGUAUCAGCCUUUGAGUCAAUUAUUAGCAAAGGUGGGAAAGUUGUGGAAACAGAUGUGCAUAAUCUGAUUGAGUUAUUGAUGAAUCAGUUGCUCAAAUUGGAUGGUAUAAUGGCUGAUGGGGAUGUGAAACUACAAAGGAAGAUGCAGGUAAAAAGAGUUCAAAAGUAUGUUGAAACUCUUGAUGUGCUGAAAGUUAAGAAUUCUAUGCCUAGUAGCAAUGGAGACCAUGCCCCAGUGCAGCCUCAACAGAAGCAUUCAAAUGGGCAACAACAAAAGCAUUCAAAUGGACAUCAUAGAUUAGCCUUAGUACCAAUUCAGGAGCAGCAACAAGAACAACCAAGGAACUCAAAUGAGAAUUCUCUGGAACUAUACCAAGAGCAACAACACCAACCCUCAAGGAAUUCCACCUCAGGAGUUGUAGUUACCACAAAUUGGGAGUUGUUUGAUUCUGUCCCACCAUUAAUCCCUGUGCAAUCCACAUCCCCACCCUCCUCAGUGACCAAUAAUUCAGGUCCUCCCAAGUUCAAUUGGGAAUUCUUCGACUAAGUACCAUAUCACGUGCUUUUACUUGUGUGGAUGUGAUUUGGGUUUGUCUUCCACUUGGAGUGUUAUAUGUUUUACAUUCUUUUCUGUAUUUAGAUUUGUUUAGCAACCCCCUUAUAAUCUGUCAUUUACUUGAAAAAUAAAUGGGAUUGCUAUGAUAGUGAUUAUCAUAAAAAAAAAGAUAAAUUUCUGUGAUUUUGUUGUCCACCGAAUUCAUUUACCAAAUGUAUGGGCCUAUUUUUGAUGGAUAUAUGUAAUAUUAUUAUAAGCAUUUGCCA